CGCCGCUCUUCCUCUCCAGCAUCCGCUCACCCGCCCGUCAUGCCCCACAAACGCUCCAAGUUCUCGGCGCGCGUCGCCCAGCGUGCGGCGUCCUCCAAUGCCGCACCGUCCGGCGCCGCCGACCUGGCACACAUGACGGAGCUGCCCAAGGGCGCCAUGCGCGUCCUCGACGCCGCAAAGGUGCAGGCCGCCUUCCGCGCGCGCAAGGCCGCGGGCGAGCGGCAGAGCGCAGAGGAUGUGGGCCCAAAGGAGAAGGAGAGACUCAAGGCGCUGGCGCGGGCAAAGGAGAAGGGCAAGGCCAAGGCGACGGAGGAGGAGCUGAAGAUUCGGCCCGGCGAGCGACUUGGCGACUUCAACCGCCGCGUGGAGCAAACCCUCGCGCCCGAGCUCGCCGCCACCGUCAAGGCCGGACGCACGAAGCGCAAGCGCGAGCAGCAAGCCGCGGCUCUGCAAGGCGGCCCAUCAAAGGCCGCCAAGGUGCUCGACGACGACGGUCCGCACGUCUGCAAGGACCCGUCGCGCUGCACGGUGCAUCACGAGACAUGGACGGCGCGCGAGCCGCCGGCUGGCAAGGGCAAAGGCAAGCCUGCGGAGCCGGACAAGGCGGAGCUGAAGCGCAAGCGCCAAGCCAUGCAAGGUGCAGCCGAAGGAGAAUGGGCAGCAGUGGGCACGCGCAAACUCAACGACGUCGCGCUUGCUCCUCCGACGCUCACGCGCGCGCCGAGAGGAGAGAGCGACGCGGCGAGAGCACGCAAGGUGGCGCUGGCGCAGGCGAUGGGCAGACCGGCGCCUGCCGAGGCAAAGGUGAGGUUGCCCGAGCCACUCGUGCGCGGCGGAGAGGGAGGCUUGAGACGAGAAGAGGAGCUGAGAAAGGAACGGGAACGCGCGGUGAGAGAGUAUCGCAAGAUGAAGUUUGGGCGCGAGACACGAGGAGCGUAAAAUGAUACCCCGACGUCACCCUGUUGCGUGAAGACUGAGCGUGAGUCUCCUGCCUCCUUGCCCCCCCUCUUCCCCUCCCCCUUCUUCCACACACCGCCGGCAUCCUUAUCUCCCGCGCGCGCCAACCACCUCCGGCGCGUGGGUCAUUAUAAGCCGGCGAACAGCAACGCUGCUUGCUUUCGCUAUCACUCUCGAGCUCGAGGGCAAUGAGGAGUCAUAGAUAGUAGCUUGCCGACAUCCUUUCCUUCCUCUUCCAUCCUUUACCUCUUUCGUGCGCUCUGCUUGUUCAGAUGUGUCGCGGUGCUCAAUGAUAUGCCAUGUGCGAG